AAACAUUUUCCUGGAAAGAGAACCGUAGACGUCCCCAUGCCCAGUGCACGCAGUACCUCCUCCCCUCAGAGCAACGUGACAGGAAUCAGGACACCGGAUGAUAAACAAUAUGUGCUGCUGGUCCUACAUACAAUAUAGACCUACCGAUGAGGUAGCAGCAUCGGCUGCGGAACAUUGGUUACAUAAAUUACAUAUUCAGAGUAAUAAUGGCAACAGUUAAACCAGAUGACAGACUGACAAGUUCUCAGGGCUUCAUGUGCGUUGGUUUUGCGGGAGUUUUCAGUAAAACUGUCACGUCGCCCCUGGAGGUGGUGAAAAUCAAGAGUCAAGUGGGCACAUUUCACUGUAAAAAAGGCUUUUUCCGCAGCUUUCUUGUAGUCUACCAGAAAGAAGGCAUACGAGGAUUUUGGAAGGGGAACCUCGUCUCCUGUCUCCGCCUGUUUCCUUACAGCGCCGUCCAUUUGUCAACAUACAAACAGAUCGUCCACCUCCAUAUGGAUGAAUUGGGCUACGUCUCUCAGUGGAGGGCCAUUUUUGCUGGUGGGCUAGCUGGUAUAAGUGCAGCGUUGGCCACGUACCCUCUGGAGGUGGCAGAGACCCGCCUCAUAGCUCAGAACUGCAGAGAGCCUACCUACAGGGGGGUGGUCCACACGCUUUCCAAGAUAUACCAGACCGAAGGCCUUCGAGCACUCUACAGGGGCUUCUCUCUCACAAUCCUCGGUGCAUUUCCCUUCUCUAUUGGUUGCUAUGCAGUCUACAUCAACUUGGACAAGCUGUGGCGGAAGCCCCAAUUCCGGUUCACUGCCCUACAGAACUUCAUCAAUGGCUGCAUAGCCGCAGGAGUGGCCCAAACCCUCUCCUACCCCUUUGAAACUGUGAAAAGGAAAAUGCAGGCCCAGAACCCUCGGCUCCCCCAUUAUGGCGGCGCUGAUAUCCACUUCACUGGAAUGUUGGACUGCUUCAGGCAGGUGAUCAGAAACAAGGGCAUCCUGACACUGUGGAGUGGCAUCACAGCCAACAUGGUCAAGAUUGUUCCAUACUUUGGCCUUCUCUUCAGCUGCUUUGAGAUGUGCAAGCAGGUCUGUCUGUACCGCAACGGGUACAUUGUGUCUCCGUUGAGCUAUAAGUUGGCACCAGGCGUGGACCAGAGCAUGGGCCCUACUGAGGUGGAAGAGGUGAAACAGUACCUGAAGAAUAGGAAGUUUCAGUCACAGCAAGGAAGUCGCUGGUGAAACUGGUGUAACAAAACCUGCAGAAGGGGAUGAUGACCAUUGGUAUAGGAACGUGUCUGAACUAUCAAAAAGAGUCAGGAAUAUUUGUUGGAAUCCAAUACUUUGAAGAUGACAAUUUGGUUGAUGCCAGGUCUUUUACAGCUUUUUGUUUGUGAAUUAGUAACCAUUUCAGAAUCGGAGGUCGAUCCAUUGAUAGACAAUCAUGCUGUAUUGUUUUUUAAAGUUGCAAUGCAAUCAUAGGAAUUGUACUUUUAUACUUAAACACAUGGAUUUUUUUUACUGUUUUGUUCAGAGCAAGGUUAUGGUAUUUUCUAACGUUGUUAUACAGUUUGACAGUAUUUGAUACUAUUGCACUCAUUCUGCUCCAGCCAUUACCAGGAGCUCCUCUUCCCCAAUUCAGGUGCCACCAACCUCUUGUGUAAUAUGGUCGGCCUUACGUAAAGGUCAUGAAGAGGAACACAAAGCACAAACCUGUUAUAAGAUGGAAUUAGCUUACAAAUGCCAAUUAAUGUUUUUCAUUAUGUACAUUAGGUUGUAAUGACUAUUUUAACAGACUUGGGUAUAUCAUAUUUAUAUGCCUUAAAGUUUCCAUAUUUAUUAUAAGUCUUAUUUCACUGACUGUUUUAAUUAUGCGUGGUAGUUAUUCACGCAAAGGAUCUGAUUGUGUCCUAGCCACUAAUCAGCCACUAACUUUCAUAGCACAUACUGUAUGUAUCAUUGUGUUGUGAAUCUAGCAAUAAGAUUGUAACUGAAGCACACCAAUGUCAAGUUUACGUGUACUGUAUACGGUAUGUAAUACAUUGGAUUGAUGAAACAAUGCAAAUCUCUGUUUUAGAUUGAGAUGAUUCAGAAUCAUUGAAGUGAAAUGUACUUGAACAGUCAUUGUAAUGGCUGAUAUUUGUACUGUAUAUCAAAGCACAAUUAGUGAAAGAGGUGGCCUGAGAGGGGCUGAUGUGUGGGCACCCUGACAAAACUACACUAGAUAUACAAAAGUAUGUGGACACCCCUUCAAAUGAGUGGAUUUGGCUGUUUCAGCCACACCUGACAGGUGUAUAAAAUUGAGCACACAGCCAUACAGUCUCCAUAGACAAACAUUGGCAGUAGAAUGGCCUUACUGAAGAGCUCAGUGAUUGUUAACGUGGCACCGUCAUAGGAUGCCACCUUUCCAAAAAGUCAGUUCAUCAAAUUUCUGCCCUGGUUAACUGUAAGUGCUGUUGUUGUGAAGUGGAACUGAUGAGCAGCAACAACGGCUUAGCCACGAAGUGGUAGGCCACAGAAUGGGACUGCCAAGUGCUGAAGCGUGUAAAAAAUGGUCUGUCCUCGGUUGCAACACUCACUACCAAGUUCCAAACUGCCUCUGGAAGCAACCAGUUUGUUGGGAGAUUCAUGAAAUGGGUUUCCAUGGCCGAGCAGCAACACAUAAGCCUAAGAUCACAAUGCCAAGCGUCAGCUGGAGUGGUGUAAAGCUUGCCCCCGUUGCACUCUGGAACAGUGGAAACGUGUUCUCUGGAGUGAUCAAUCACACUUCACCAUCUGGCACUCGACGGACGAAUCUGGGUUUGGCAGAUGCCAGGAGAACGCUCCAGUGAAGCUAAAUCUUAACACUACUGCAUACAAUGACAUUAUAGUCGAUUCUGUGCUUCCAACUUUGUGGCUACUGUUUGGGGAAGGCCCUUUCCUGUUUCAGCAUGUCAAUGCCCCUGUGCACAAAGCAAGCUCCAUACAGAAGUGAUUUGUUGAUCUGCGUGGAAGAACUUGACUGGCCUGCACAGAGCCCUGACCUUAACCCUAUUGAACAUCUUUGGGAUGAAUUGGAAUGCCGACUGCGAGCUAGGCCAUUCAGCUCGUGGCUGAAUGGAAGCAAGACCAUGCAUCAAUGUUCCAACAUCUAGUGGAAAGCAUUCGCAGAAGAGUGGAGACUGUUAUAGUAGCAAAGGUGGGACCAACUCCAUAUUAGUGCCCAUGAUUUUGGAUUGAAAUGUUCGACUAGCAGGUGUCCACAUACUUUGUAGUGUAUCACAGAGAUGCCCAGUGAGGUGAGCUUACCAGACAAGCCAAAUGCCUUCUAUGUUCGCAAGCAACACUGAACCAUGCAUGAAAGCACCAGCUGUUUCGGAUAAAUGUGUGAUCACAUUCUCCGAUGUCAAUGUAAGACUUUUAAACAGGUUAACAUUCACAAGGCCACAGGGCCAGACAGCUUACCAGGACACAUACUCAGAGCAUGCAUUGACCAGCUGGCAAGUGUCUUCACUGAAAGUUUCAACUUCUCCUUGGACCAGUCUGUAGUACCUACAUGUUUCAAGCAGACCACCAUAGUCCCUGUGCCAAAGAGCGCCAAGGUAACCUGUCUAAAUGACUAUUGCCCUGUAGAACUCACAUCUAUAGAUAUUAAAUGCUUUUAAAGGCUGGUCAUGGCUCACAUCAACACUAUCAUCCCAGACAUCUUGGACCCACUACAAUUCGCACACUUCCAACAGAUCCACCGAUGACAGAAUCUAUAUUGCACCCCACACUGCCCUCUCCCACCUCAACAAGAGGAACACCUAUGUGAGAAUGCUGUUAAUUGACUACAGCUCAGCAUUAAUAACGAUAGCUCAUCACUAAGCUAAGGACCCUGGGACUGACCACCUCCAUCUGAAACUGGACCCUGGACUUCGUGACGGGCCACCCCCGGGUGGUGAGUGUAGGCAACAAUACUUCCGCCAUGCUGACCCUCAACACGGGGGCCCCUCAGGAAUUCCAGGGUCCAGUUUCAGAUUAGUCCCCUCCUGUACUCCCUGUUCACCCUAAGACUGCUUGGCUGCGCACAACUCCAACACCAUCAUUAAGUUUGCUGAUGGCACGACGGUGGUAGACCUGAUCACCGAUCACGAUGAGACUAUAGGGAAGAGGUCUGAGAACUGGCAGUGUGGUGCCCUUGACAACAUCUCUCCUUCAACAUCAGCAAGACAAAGGAGCUGAUCAUGGACCACAGGAAAACGGAGAGCCAAGCACGCCCCCAUUCACAUUGACAGGGUUGUAGUGGAGCGGGUCGAGAGCUUCAAGUUCCUCAGUACAUUACUAAGGAUCUAUCAUGGUCCACACACACACACACACACCUGACAACACCUCUUCCCCCUCAGGAGGUGGAAGUGAUUUGGCAUGGGCCCUCAGAUCCUCAAAACUUUCUACAGCUGCACCAUUGAGAGCAUCUUGACUGGCUGCAUCACCGCUUGGUAUGGUAAAUGCUUGGUGUCCGACCGCAAGGCCCUACAAAGGGUAGUGCGUUCAGCCCAGUACAUCACUGGGGCCGAGCUCCCUGCCAUCCAGGACCUCUAUACCAGGUGGUGUCAGAGGAAGGCCCUAAAAAUUGUCAAAGCCACCCAAGUCAUAGACUGUUGUCUCUGCUACCGCACGGCAAGCGGUACCAAUGCACCAAGUCUGGAACCAACAGGACCCUGAACAGCUUCUACCCCCCAAGCCAUAUGACUGCUAAAUAGUCCGUUCUGGUAGAUAUUUGGUUAAAGCUACAAUAUACAACUUUUUGGGCAACCGCACAAAAUGCACAUAGAAAUGUGAGUUAUAGAUCUGUCAUACUCAUUGAACGCAAGUCUAAGAAGCAGUAGACAUGUUCUAUGUGAGAUAUUUCUAUGCUGUUCCUAGGCCGUCAUUGUAAAUGAGACUUUGUUCUUAACUGACUUGCCUAGUUAAAUAAAGGUUAAAUGAAAAGAAUUGUACAAUGAUACUCAACACAAUGAAUGCUUGUUUUGUCACAAACUGAAAUUAGGCAAACUUUUAGAAUAUUAGCAACCAGGUAAUUGCGGAGAGAUUUCUGCAUAGUGCAUCUUUAACUAUCUGCAUUGUCAGUCAGGAAAGCUAAAGCCAGCUUCUUCAGGCAGAAGUUUGCAUCCUGUAGCUCCAACUCCAAAACGUUCUGGGACACUGUGAAGUCCAUGGAGAACAUGAGCACCUCCUCCCAGCUGCCCACUGCACUGAGGCUAGGGAACACGGUCACCACCGACAAAUCCAUGAUUAUUGAAAACUUCAACAAGCAUUUCUCAACGGCUGGCCAUGCCUUCCGCCUGGCUACUCCAACCUCGGCCAACAGCUCCGGCCCCCCCGCAGCUCCUCGCCCAAGCCUCUCCAGCUUCUCCUUUACCCAAAUCCAGAUAGCAGAUGUUCUGAAAGAGCUGCAAAACCUGGACCCUUAUAAAACAGCUGGGCUUGACAAUCUGGACCCUCUAUUUCUGAAACUAUCCGCCGCCAUUGUCGCAAACCCUAUUACCAGCCUGUUCAACCUCUCUUUCAUAUCGUCUGAGAUCCCCAAGGAUUGGAAAGCUGCCGCAGUCAUCCCCCUCUUCAAAGGGGGAGACACCCUGGACCCAAACUGUUACAGACCUAUAUCCAUUCUGCCUUGCCUAUCUAAGGUCUUCGAAAGCCAAGUCAACAAACAGGUCACUGACCAUCUCGAAUCCCACCGUACCUUCUCCGCUAUGCAAUCUGGUUUCCGAGCCGGUCACGGGUGCACCUCAGCCACACUCAAGGUACUAAACGACAUCAUAACCGCCAUCGAUAAAAGA